AUGUGGGCUCCGACCAGUGCUGCUCCGCGGUGGUGCAGACGGUGCACGCGCCUCCGGAGCGCGUGUGGGCCGUCGUGCGCCGGUUCGACAACCCGCAGGUCUACAAGAGCUUCGUCAGCCGGUGCCACGUCAUCUCCUCCGUCUCCGGAGAUGGCAGACUCACCGUCGGCGAUCUCCGGGAGGUACACGUGGUCUCCGGUCUUCCGGCGGGCUCAAGCACCGAGCGGCUCGAGAUCCUCGACGAAGACCGCCCCAUCAUCCGCCUUCAGGCGCGUGUGGGCCGUCGUGCGCCGGUUCGACAACCCGCAGGUCUACAAGAGCUUCGUCAGCCGGUGCCACGUCAUCUCCUCCGUCUCCGGAGAUGGCAGACUCACCGUCGGCGAUCUCCGGGAGGUACACGUGGUCUCCGGUCUUCCGGCGGGCUCAAGCCCCGAGCGGCUCGAGAUCCUCGACGAAGACCGCCACAUCAUCAGCUUCAGCGUCGUCGGUGGGGACCAUCGCCUGAAGAACUACCGAUCCGUCACCACCCUCCACGUGGCAGACGGAGACGGCGGAGACACGGUGGUCGUUGAGUCGUACGUCGUCGAUGUGCCGCCGGGAAAUACGCCGGAGGAGACGCUGAGCUUCGUCGACACCAUCGUACGGUGCAACUUGCAGUCUCUCGCGAGAAGUACGGCCACGGAUCGGCAAAGUUAA